AUGACUCAGCAGCUACAGGAUGAGUUUGACACCAGCGUGGAGAAUGCAGAAGCUUGGAUGAGGGCCAUCCAAGAGAGACUCAGGAUCAAUGAUAACACCAAGGGACCUCGAUCUGCCCUAGAAGCCAGGCUGAGGGAGACUGAGAAAAUACGUGCACUGGAACCAGAAGGCAGCUUGAAAAUGGACUUGAUUAUUGUGAAGGCAGAUGCUGCUCUUCGCAGCAUCAGUGAGGAUAAGAAGCAUGAGGUACUAUCUAAACUGAAAGACAUUAAAGCCUUGUGGGAAGAGACAGCAAUAUACAUUACUCACUGUCACAGCCGUAUUGAGUGGAUCUGGCUGCACUGGAGUGAGUACCUGGAAGCCCAAGAUGAGUUUUAUGCAUGGAUUCACAACAUGAGGGUGACCUUGGAGCCUGACAUUGAGUUGCAGCUUGGCUUAAAGGAGAAGCAGUGGCAGCUGGGCCAUGCUCAGGUUCUGCUGAAUGAUGUCUUAAAUCAAUCGGUACUGGAUGUUCAGAAGAAAAUGAGGGUGGAAUAUGAAGGAAUCAGGAAAGAAGCUCAGAGCAGAGUGAAACUGCUUGAAAAGAUAACCAAGGAACACGAGCAGUACAGUGCUAAUGUCAACCAGUUUCAAUCGUGGCUGAAUGAUGUGACAGAAAGAUUAAACUGCUGCAUUGGAGAAGCAACGAAGUCUUCGGCAGAGCACAAGUUAAAGGAACUGAAGGAAAUUGCCAAAAACAUUAGGAGUGGUGGAAAGAAGUGGAACUACCUUGAAAAUCAGUGUGCAGAGGUGAUUCAGAAUACCUCCCCACUCGGAGCUGAGAGAAUGAAGGAUGAACUUGAACAGCUUAGAAAAGCCUUGGAGAAGUUGAAACUGCUGAUAAGUGAGGAGGAGGAGAGAUUGCUCAAGAUCCAACAGUUAGAAAGUGCCUACGAAUCCCAAGCCAGACAAUUAGAAGCAGAUGUCCAGGAGCUGAGAAAAGAUCUACAGAGACUAGAAAAUGACCUGGACCCUGGGGAAGGGGAGAAGCCUGAAGACGAGCUUGUAACUCUGUGGAGAAAAUGCAGUGCAACAAGAGCAGCUCUAGCUGCAGAAGAGUCCAAGGCUGAGAGGCUGAAGGCUCAGCUUAAGGAGCUCCUCCGGUUUUCCCAAGAUGUGCAGCCGCACGCUGAGAGUGUUGUCUCUGCAAUACAGCACUAUCAGAGUGUGAAAGGCAAGACGUCUAAAAUGAGCACUGAUACAGAAACCCAACUGAGCAGACUCUUCCAAAAUCCCCUGCAAGAUUUUGAACGGUGGAAGUCAUCGGUCCAGAUGCUCCUGGGGACUCUGGAGCCAGAGCUGGCUCACAUUGAGGCUGCUGUAGCUGAAAGCUCCCAGUUCAAAGAGAAAUUGAUGACAUUACAGCUGAAGAAAGAUUUGCUAAACAAUGUCCUUGGUGAGGAAAAAGCAAAAUCUUUCCUGCAAGAAGUAGCUGAAGCUUCAAAGGAGAGAGAAAUUCUACACAGAAGUCUGCUGCAAAGCAAGAGCAAACUCCAGAAUUUGAUAUCACAACAUAAGGACUUUGAUGCUGGUUUCGCACCUUUGCAGAAGAAAUUAUCUGCCAUCAAAGCCAAAUUAGUUUUAGAGAAGGAACCACGGCCUGACCUCUUGGGUAAAAAGACACAACUCCAGAGACUCCAGAUGAUCCAAGAUGACUUGGCAGAGCUUGCAAUUCAAAUGGAGGAGGUAGAGAAGCUUGUUCAGUCAAAUACCACACACAGGCAUGAGAUGAACCAACUUUCAUCUGACUCUCAGGCCCUGAAGAGAUCAUUGGAGAUGAUGAUACAGGAGACUGAAGAGCACGUUCAGAAGCAUUGGGCAUAUAAUGACAAGCUCUCUGACCUCCAGCAGUGGAUCACAGUAACCGUGGAGAAGAUUGCCUUCUGCCGGGGUGCUGAUGGAGAGCAGAACACUGAGGGCAGGGUGGCAGACCUUGAGAGAUGGCUAGCUGAGUUUCCAGAUAAGGAGAUCCAGCUUCACGUUGUGGAAGCUCAUGGCCAGCUGAUCAUGGAGAAUUCUUCUCCAGAGGAGACUGCCCAUGUCCAGGCAGAGCUGGAUCAGCUGAAGGACUCAUGGAGAUCACUGAAGGAGAUGGUAACUGGUCUUCUCAAAAAGUGGCAGUUAAAGAGACCAGUGGCUGAUAAGAAGAAGAAAACAGCCUAUGUGGACAGCAGAUGGAUGUCUGGACCUGCCCUUCCUCUUUUAAAUGUAGAUCCCAACGAUAAGCAGGAGAGGAUGGAAAAAGGGCAAAGUAAGAGCAACGACUUGAAGCUCCUACAUGACUUUGAAGAGUGGUUACAAGGAGAAAACGCCAAACUGAUCAAAACUCUUGCUGUGACUUCAUCUUCUACAGAAGAAAUUAAGGCACGCCAGAGCAAACUGGAGGAGCUGCAGUCUCGUGUGCCUGAUGGUCAGUGUCUCUUUGAGGACCUUCUUCAUCUUCAUCCUGUCACUGGAAACUCUGAAGAUCUGGAGGACCUGCGUUACCGAUGGAUGCUCUACAAAUCUAAACUGAAAGAGUCCCUGAGUUCACCGAAUGCGGGAUCUUUGGAAGAACCAGACAGAUUCAGAAAGAAGCGCUCUGGAGGCGUGUGCUCAUUCCUGCGUCGAGUGUGCUGGGCAGCACUACCGUUGCAGCUCCUCCUCUUGCUCCUCCUGCUCCUGGCCUUCCUCCUGCCCCUGGCAGAGGAGACCCACGGCUGCACACUGGCCAACAACUUUGCUCGGUCCUUCAACUUGAUGCUGAGAUACGAGGGCCCACCUCCAAUCUAA